AUGAACACUGAUAAAGAACAAUACAGACUUAAGAAUUUCUAUAAUUUUACUAAUACUUAUUCUGAAGAUGAUAUUUUAAACUGUUUUACUAUUAAAGCUGGAACUAUUAAAGCUGCUUCUACUAAAAUAAAUAAUAAAGAAUGCAGAAAAGAAUUAAUUGCUAUGGGUAUUGAAACAAGAGAUUUAUAUUUACAUUACAAAGCAAAAUUGGAAGCUCAAUUAAAAAGAAUGAAAGAUAACAAGAAAAGUACUAUUAAAUUAGAACAACCAUUUUUAUCAAAAGUUUUCAAUAAAUUAAACAAAACCGAUAAACAAACUUUUGGUUUAAUUAAUAAAAAAGCAACAUUAAUCAAAGAUUUAGAUGAAGAAAAAAUUCAAAAAGAACUUGACAAAAAGAAUUUAGAAUGGAGUUUAAAUAAUAUUUCUUUUGAUGAUAUUGAAGAUAAUGAUGAUUUAAUGAGAGAAGAUAUGUAUAAAAAAUUUGAAGAAGAAUUAAGAAUUAACGCUGAAAGGAAGAAUUAUUUUAAAGAAUUGAAAGAAAAAGAACAAUAUGAAAACAAUAUGGAAGAAUAUAAAGAUAUGAUUGAAGAAAUUGAAGAUCACACUAAAAUUAAUACUAAAGUAACUUAUGAUAGAGUUAAUAAAAUAAUUAAAGCAGAUUUUAGAUGUGGUUUUAGAGAAAAAUUAAAAAGAAUUCAAUUAGUGAGAGAGUAUUUUAUCGAUUUAAUUAAAUCAGUUCCUUCUACCACUGAAAUAGUUUAUAAAUAUUUACUUAGUCAAGAUGGAUGGAAAACUUAUAUGUUAAAUACCAAAGACGCCAUUGAUGAAUUUCUUAAUUCUGUUUCUGAAGAAUCCAUGUGUUUUAUCAAUAAACAAGAAGUAAAUGAUUCUAUAGAUUCUACUUUUUAUGUUCAACAAACUAUUCCAGAACCAUUAUUCAUAUUAGAAUUAAAAAUAUCUCCAUAUCAUUAUACUGAAGAUCUUAUUCAUCAAUACAAAACUACUGGCGGAAGCUUUUUCCCUUAUCAUUAUAAACCAGAAUUUGAAAUAUUUGGUCAAUAUCUUGCUAAAGCACAAAUAUUCAGUUCAUUGAUUGAUGAAAAUGGAAAGGUUAGAUCAGAAUUUGAUUUAAAUUGUUUCACUUAUGCUUUAAAACAAGCUAAUGUCGAUGAUGAAACUUUAGAAUUAGUAUUAAUUCAUUGUAGAGGUCGUUAUCAAAAAGCUAAAAUGUUAGAUGAAUUAUGUAAAUCGGCUCAUAUUCGAAUUAGAAUUGAUAGAGAAUGUACUGACAAUAAUAAAAAACAUGAUAAAAACCGUAAAAUAGAUUAUUAUGGUUGUGAACUUAAAGAUGCCAAAUAUAAUUUAGAAAUGUUUUUAUAUAGAGAUUCUUUAAUGAAAGGCGAUCAUUAUAUUUUGAAUAUUGAUAUUCCAAUUACUCCAUUUUAUCUCAAAAAUAGAGAAGAAAUUAAUAAUUGGACUAUUACUCAUAAUAAAAGUAUAAAAUCAAUGUUUAAUAAACAACGUUAUAAUAAAAAUAAACAAUGUUAUGAAGUUAAACCAGGUGCUAAAACUACUAUCAAAUUAUCAGAUCUUAUUUUAUAUAUUAGAGAUCAUAAUGGAUUUGAACCUUAUUCUCUUUCUGAUGUUUUACAUUUGAAAUCUGAUUUAUCUGAAUAUGUAUUACAAUCAUUAAAUACACUUGAAUAUCUUCCUUUCGAAACAAGAAAAAUUGAAAUCAAAGAAAAUAAACGAAAAGAAGUAGAUCAUUCUUAUUGGUAUGCUGAUUUUGAAGCUUCAACACAAGGAUAUCAUAAUCCAUAUUGUGUUUGUUAUUCUAAAAGAGGUGAAGAUAAAAUUUAUAAUAAAUAUGGAAAAGAUUGUGCUUAUGAUUUCUUAUGUGAUUUACCUCAUAAUGCUGUUUGUUAUUUUCAUAAUCUUAAAUAUGAUGGUUCAUUCCUUGCUAAAUAUGGUGUUAAUAGAUGUAUUAAGAAGGGUGGUAAAAUUAUGCAAAUGACUCUUAAAUUUAAAGGUAAACAAUUAACUUUCAAAGAUAGUUUAGCAUUGAUUACAGCUCCAUUAUCAGCUUUUCCUAAGAUGUUUGGUUUAUCUAAUAUUCAGAAAGAAAUUUAUCCAUAUAACUAUUAUAGUAAAGAUAAUAUUAUUCACAAUAUUGGGAAUAUUUUAGAAGCUGAUUUAUAUGAAACUAAACAAUGGAAUAAAGAUCAAUUUGAUUUAUUUAUCAAUAAUAUUGAUUCAAUUGAAGAUUGUCGAAUUGAUGAUUUUCAUUUCAACAUGGAGCUUUAUUGUAAGUUUUAUUGUAAUCAAGAUGUAAGAAUCUUAAAACAAGGUCAUUCCAAAUUUAGAGAUAUGUGUUUAGAAUAUUUAAAUAUUGAUAUUGAUAAAGUAAUUUCAGCAGCUUCUUUAGCUAAUACUUACUUUAAGCAUAACGUAUAUUCAAAAAUAAAUAAUUUAAAAGAAUAUGGAGGAAAAGUUAGAGAAUUUAUUCAAGGAGCUAUUUAUGGAGGUAGAUGUAUGACUAGAGAUAAUAAAAAGUGGUAUGUAAAUGAUGAAUUAUAUGAUUAUGAUGCUUGUUCAUUAUAUCCUUCAGCUAUUAAUAGAUUAAAAUUAGCAACUGGUUCUCCAAUAGUUAUUUCUGAAAAUAUGUUAAAUAAUGAUUAUUUACUUAAUCAUCUCAUGGAUGAACAACAAUUAGAACCUACUGAAAGUAAAUUCAUUUCUGCUUUUCUUGUUGAUAUCGAAAUUACUAAAGUAAAUAAGAAAUUACAUUUCCCAUUGAUUGUUAAAAAGACUAAACAAGGUAAUAAAAACGUUAAUGAAUUAUGUUCUAUGAGAGUUGAUAAUAUAUUAUUAGAAGAUCUUAUUAAAUUCCAACAGAUUGAAUAUAAAAUAAUUAGAGGUUAUUAUUGGACUGGUAAUAAGUCUGAUUUAUUAUCUAAUGAGAUGGCUAAAUUGUAUAAUUUGAGAAGAGAUUUUAAGAAACAAGGUAAUCCAGUUCAGGAAGUAUUUAAGUUAAUUAUGAAUUCAUCAUAUGGUAAAACUAUUCAAAAACCCAUUAAAUCAGAAUUAGUUUAUAAACAAAUUUCAGUUAAAAAUAAAAAGAAUGAAAUUCAAUAUGAUGCUGAUAGAUAUUUAAAGAAGAAUUCAUUAUUAGUUAAAUCAUUUUAUGACGUAGCUGAUAAUAUUAGAUGUUUUGAAACUAUUAAAUCUUUUGAUGAUUUCUUUGUUCCGAAUCUGAUUGGUGUUCAAACUUUAACAAUGAGUAAGAGAAUUAUGAAUGAAGUUAUGUGUUUAGCAGAAGAUCUCAAUAUUCCAAUUUAUUAUCAAGAUACUGAUUCUAUGCAUAUUUUAAAAUCAAGAAUUAACGAAUUAGAAAAUGAAUAUUUUAAGAAAUAUAAUAGAGUUCUUAGAGGAUCUGAUAUGGGUCAAUUCCAUCCAGAUUUUGAUGAAUUAUCUGGAGAUGUUACUAGUAUUGAAUCAUACUUCUUGGGUAAAAAAGCUUAUUGUGAUAAAUUAACUAAUGAAAAUAAUGAAAUAGAACAUCAUCUUAGAUUAAAAGGUAUACCUAAUAAUUUAUUAAAUUGUCAAUAUGAAGAUCCGUUAGAAUUAUAUAAGAAACUAUAUGAUGGAGAAUCGUUUAAUUUUAAUCUUUUACAACUUAGACCAUCAUUUGAAUUUACUAAAGAUUUUAAAAUUAAAUCAAGAUCUCAAUUCUGUAGAAAUAUUAAAUUUAAUAGUGAAUUGGGUUCAUUUUAA